AUGCCAGAUGAGCGCUACUUCCCCUCAAUAACGUCAAUCACAUUCCAGCACCUCACACCAGAUCCCAGCACCUCACACCAGAUCCCAGCGCCUCCACCACCAGAUCCCAGCACCUCACACCAGAUCCCAGCGCCUCACACCAGAUCCCAGCACCACACCAGAUCCCAGCGCCUCACACCACAUCCCAGCGCCUCACACCACAUCCCAGCGCCUCACACCGACAUCCCAGCACCUCACACCAGAUCCCAGCGCCUCACACCAGAUCCCAGCGCCUCACACCACAUCACAGCAACCACACCAGAUCCCAGCGCCUCACACCACCAGAUCCCAGCACUCCCACCAGAUCCCAGCACCACACCAGAUCCCAUCACACCACAUCCCAGCACCUCACACCAGAUCCCAGCGCUCACACCACCAGAUCCCAGCGCCUCACACCACCAGAUCCCAGCACCUCACACCACAUCACAGCACCUCACACCAGAUCCCAGCGCUCACACCAGAUCCCAGCGCCUCACACCAGAUCCCAGCGCCUCACACCAGAUCCCAGCGCCUCACACCAGAUUCCAGCGCCUCACACCAAAUCCCAGCACCUCACACCAGAUCCCAGCGCCUCACACCAGAUCCCAGUGCCUCACACCAUCCCAAGCCUCACACCACAUCCCAGCGCCUCACACCACAUCCCAGCACUCACACCAGAUCCCAGUGCCUCACACCAGAUCUCAGCACUACACCACAUCACAGCACUCACACCAGACCUAG